UUAGCGGGCGGACCGCAGCGGCGGCAUGGCGGGCCGGCGGGUGAACGUGAACGUGGGCGUCCUGGGCCACAUCGACAGCGGCAAGACGGCGCUGGCGCGCGCGCUCAGCACCACAGCCUCCACCGCUGCCUUCGACAAGCAGCCGCAGAGCCGCGAGCGCGGCAUCACGCUCGACCUGGGCUUUUCGUGCUUCUCGGUGCCUCUGCCCGCGCGCCUGCGGCCGGCGCCGCUGGGGGCCGAGCCCGAGCCCGAGCCCGAGCCCGAGCCCGGGGCCGAGCCGCGGCUGCAGGUCACGCUGGUCGACUGCCCCGGGCACGCCUCCCUCAUCCGGACCAUCAUCGGCGAUAACCAGAACACAGCUGACUGUCCACUGCUGUGCAGUGCUGGAAGCUAG